CCAAAAGCGUCAUGAUCCUCGUGGCUCUAUGGUCUAUGACUUGUUUCGUCGCAUGAGCGGGGGCCAUUUCUAUCAAGGGACAAGGCUGGCCCCCAAAAAGGUUGAUGUGACCAAUGGCUCACGACACUUAUGCGUGCUCACAGCCCGAUACACGACUACGAUCGGUCUUCUGGGAAAUUCCGGGGCGAACUAUCAACUGUGAAGCCUUGAAGCAGCUGAUCUCGAUGCAUAGAUGAUCAUACUUCAGCUGGCUGCCGGGCUUUGUAUUUAUUCCCCUCAGUGCUCUUCUUCGUCACUGCCAGCUGUGCAUCAAUCCAUGGUGUCAUAUCUCAAUCAUGUCCACUGCAUCAUCUUUCGACUACGGUCAGCCAGAGCAUAUUGUUCAACCGAUCUCAAGCCGUCAAACAGAUCUCGAAGCGGGGUCUGGGCCGGCCAAAGCUGUUCUCAAAGUCAUAGAUGCGCAUUACGAUGGCACCGAGCCUGUUUUCCUCAAGCAGUUCAGCUACAGGGACAAGAUUGCCGAAGAUAUGAAGAACCUCCCCCCACAUGCCCCAAGAACCGCCAGAAUCCUGGAUGUUACUGUUCAUUCUGAUUUCAAGAAGACUGGCCUGCGAGAAACAAAAGGCCCCAAAACAACCGAAGCUGCGCGAAGAGCUCUCGUCGAUCACCUGGAGGAGCUCUAUGCGACGUCCAUCGAGUCGAAGGAUUUUGUGGAGCGACGUAUCUUCCGUUGGCUCAGCGACCCACUUCUCGUAAAUGACAUUGGAAGUAUAACUUCUCAAUGGUCUCAGACCUUCACCGGUAGCAGCACCAGCCUGUACCGUCUUGUCAACCGUGCAAGCUUGCAACAACAUCCUCUGGACCGCGACGUCCGCCCGAGGGACUCCUACUUCACCUGUGCACAAUGUGACGAGGAUCGCUUGAUAGUGAUCAUUGUGAAUGACGUCGAAUCAAACCAAAGGUUCAUCACGAGUAAAGCGCGUAAAGCUACUGGUGGUGAAGUCAUGUUCAAAAAUCCCCGCGUCACGUCGCAGAUGCGAAAUGGGGCAAGCCUGACGUCUCAUGCCAAUGGGUCUCGGGAUGUCUUUGCUCAACUUCUGGUCCUCGACUUCUUCCUUGCAUCCAUCUAUCUGCAACCUGUAGACUACUACGAGAGUCUGAUUUACCCGCAGCUGGAUGAGAAGGACGCUGUGAAGUUCUCACUUACGAAGAACCCACAUCUCCAAGUUCCGCUGGGUCUUUUCGAACCCCGGCUGUCUGCAAAGAGCAGAGAGGCCUUCAAGGAGAUUGAAGAUGCCGAAGGUGUGUUGCGGAGCGUACACAACCUAGUCGCCUCAAUCAUCUACGUGCGCGACAUCCUCGAAGAAUCCGACUUCGUCGUCCAACAGCCCAAAGAUAGCGAGCUUAAGCUACGUCUUCUGAAGCUGAAGGCCUUAUGCGCAGAACGCAACAGUAAUGCUGAGCGCGCCCUGGCAGCCUUGGAGCGCCAGCUGGAUUACCUCACGAAGAAACAUGCCAUCCGUGAGGCCAAGGCAAUCCGAAUUCUGACUAUUCUGGCGGCAUUCUACCUGCCUCUAUCGCUCUCCGCAAGCAUUCUAGGCAUGCAGAGUCCGUUCAAACAAGUCGCUCAUACCAUCCGAGCAGACGAACUCUCAGGCGACAGAUUGGGCGAUCGAAACCUAAACACGAAUUUACUCUUCGACUUCUUCGGCGUCUUCAUUUUACUCGGCACCAUCACAAUCUUCAUCGUGCAAGCCAUCCGCUUCGCCUUCUGGAUGCGAUCAAAUGGAAUGGGUCUAUUAUCCGAGAGCUUCACCGGCCCAUUCUCCAUCUUCCAGUAUGGCAAACAAUGGCGGUUUGGGGGCCGAGGAGGAUGGUGGUUUCGAAGGAUUCACCUGAUCAUGCUGUGGUGGCUUGGACCGGGAGUUUGCAUUGUGCUCUUGGUGACGUUCAUGAAUGGGAUGCUGGUCGACGCACAGAAAGCAUGGGAUACAGCCAGGUAUCUAUUUGCGACUUACAUAUUGGGAGGAGGACUGCUUGUCCUUUUUUAUUUUGGGUUCUACUACUUCUUGUGUCGGAAGAGACUUUCUGUUCGUUAGCAAAUGUGGACGCCGCGGAGGAAAUGCGCUUGUUACAUGUUCUUUCAGCAGUACAGUACCUUGUCAAAGAAGUCGGUGAAG